AUGUCUCUAUCAAAAGUCGUCAACGGCAGACUCGUCACCAACACCAACGUUCGUACCCCAUCCUCAUUCACGUUCAUUGCUAAUCCUCGACAGGUCGAACCUCCCACAGGAUGGACCGUCAAAUUCGAAGACAUGGGCAGCGAAACUGAAUGGGGUGAAGAUGGUGAGGUCGCAGACCUUGUCGCCCCCUAUGGCAUUUCCGGAGUGGUCAAGCCGCUGUUCAGGACCCGGUACAGCAGCAAUGAAGUCAUUUUUAUCAUUGACAUCAACGAGCAGUAUUAUGUUUACAAUGGUGAAAGUGGAUGGGUGCAGAGAAUUGUCACGCCGACGGACUUGAAGGAGAUUGUGGACUUUAUCAAUGAGCAGGGAUGGUUCAGGCUCGAGACCGAGAAUCUCGAUGCUUGA